UUAAAAUAGUAUACUCUAUUGAAUAAAUGAACAUUUUCUGUCUGAAUAUCUUGGGACUCCCAUCAAAAUGGAGCAUACAACUUUUGAUAUUGAAAAUAAUGAUCAGCUUCCUGUAAAAGUUGAAGAAAUAAUAAAAAAUAGAAUAAUAAAAGAAGGAUACUCAAAUCACAAAGUGAUCACUAAAGCUAUAUCUACUGACGGUGGUAAUUAUUUAGGAUUACUGUAUGAAGUCAAUGUUACAGGAGAUACGAAAGAUGGCAAGAAAGAAACUCACAUUUUUGUUAAAGGUAUCAUUCCCGGUGAUAAUCUAAGUGUUCUAUCCAUCACUGAAGCGUUUAAAACGGAAGCAUUUUUUUACAACGAUCUAGCAGUGGUAUUCCAUGAAAUGCAAAAAGAAGCUAAUGUGCCCGCAAAGGAACGGUUCAAUGUUGCAAAGUCAUUUCAAGAAAGUAUACCAGAAGCUAUAAUUCUUGAAAAUUUAUCUAUGAAAGGAUACAAAACGGGAUUCAGAAUGGAUGUUGUUUCUUUAAAGUUUGCAGAGUUAAGCAUUACACAGUUGGGAAGACUGCAUGGGUUAUCGUUCGCUAUAGAAAAGAAAAGACCAAAUUAUUUUAAUCACAAAAUUAAGUCUUUGUCCGCCCCUUAUAAUUUCAAUGAAGACUUGAAGAAUUUGUUAAAGAAAUCUAGAAAAGUAAUAUCGGACUGUUUGGAUGACGCCGUACGAGAAAGAUUUAAUUCAUACCUUCAAAAGUUAUGGUAUGACGUGCAAAGAUACUAUUAUGAUCAAAAAUAUAAAAAGAGUAUAGUACACUGUGACUACAGGACUAACAACAUUUUGAUGAAAGAGGUCGACAGGUGAAGUCAUCGAUGUCGUACCGGUAGACUACCAGUUAUUAUACUAUGGCUGCCCUGUGACUGACUUCUUGUACUUCAUCUUUCUUGGCACCGACCAAGAGUUCAGAAAAAAACACUUGGAAUAUCUCAAGGACCUCUACUUUGACUCCGUAGCAAAGAUGCUAAAAUACUUCUACAUAGAUGUUGAAUCUGUUUUUCCUAGAGAUGAUUUUGAAAAAUUGUAUACAGAAUUAUUAGGUUUUGGGUUAUUCACUUUUGUACAAGUUGUGGUUUUUCUUUUUGCCAUUGAGGGUGAAGCGCCCAAAUUGGAUAAAGACAAAUUAGGUGAUGUAACUAUCAAAUGUGACGAGCGAAUGAAAGAGAGGGCUAGAGGAAUGGUGGAUGACUUUAUUCGGUGGGGUUUUAUGUAAUUUUCUUUAGACUAGAUAUAUAACAAAACGUAUAACUCGAUAUUUAACAAUUUUAUUAUACUCUGUACAUUAUUAUGGCGCAACACAGUAGCGUUGUAGAUCUUUAUUAAUAUCUUGAAUUAUUAAUCGUGUGCCUUAAUCUCUAACCUUGUCGUGUUUCAGAAAUAUCUUGCUUGCUAUAUUUUUAAUAAGACUUGGCUCCAAUGCAUGUACUGGUUAAUAAAUAUAAGUAUUGGUGUUAGAUAAAUUUUCAUACAAAAUAUGUUUACUAGUACUGUAUUGCAAUUAUGAUGUGAUACUCCUGAUAAGUGUUUUUUCUUAUAUUGUUUUCAUUUUAGUAAAUACCGUCACUAGUACUGUAAUAAAUAUCUAAAACGAUACAGUAAUUAUCUACUAUUACAUUUAGCUAAACCACUCCAAACGACCUAAACAAACACGCAAUGUAUAAGUAUACCAAUCAACUUAACAUACUCAGGUAGAUGUCUACUAGGUAUGCUAUUCUACUAACUAAAACUGCACUGCAAUCAUUACUAGCUGUCUUUAUGAAUGACAAUUUGAUUCCCCUAGUUACAAGCUCCGGAACAAAUAUGAUGGUUGUAUCUAGUUACAUUAACGAGCUAAUCAUGCAACCAUUCUUCAGCUAACAAGUACUAAUAAUAACGCAUAUCAGAUCUGAUGACUCGAACAAUAACAAACACUUAAAGCGGUGUACUGUACUAUACAAAUGAACAUUUGCUGUCAGAGCUUCUUGAGACUUGCAUCAAAAUGGAACCAAAAACCUGUGAUAUUGAAAAUAAAGAUCGACUUCCAAUAAAAGUUGAAGAAAUAAUCAAAAAGAGAUUAAAAACAGAAGGAUACAUAAAUCAUAAAGUGAUCACUAAAGCCAUAUCCACUGACGGUGGUAAUUAUUUAGGAUCGUUGUAUGAAGUGAAUGUUACAGGAGACACGGAAGAUGGCAAGAAAGAAACACAUUUAUUUGUUAAAUGUAUAAUUCCUGGGGAACAUAUAAGUGUUCUGUCGAUAAAUGAAAUUUUCAAAACAGAAGCAUUUUUUUACAACGAUUUAACAGUGGUGUUUGAUGAAAUACAAAACGAAGCCAAUGUGCCAGCAAAAGAGCGGUUCAAUGUUGCAAAAUCAUUUCAUGCAAGUAUACCAGAAGCUAUAAUUCUUGAAAAUUUAUCUAUGAAAGGAUACAAAACGGGAUUCAGAAUGGAUGUUGUUUCUUUAAAGUUUGCAGAGCUAAGCAUUACACAGUUGGGAAGACUGCAUGGGUUAUCGUUCGCUAUAGAAAAGAAAAGGCCAAAUUAUUUUGAUUACAAAAUUAGGUCUUUAUCUAUCCCUCAUAAUUUUAACAAAGAUUUUAAGGAUAUGAUUAAAAAAUCUGAAAAAGAAAUAUUGCAUUGUUUGGAUUGUGCCGUAUGGGAUAGAUUUUCUACUUACCUUGAAAAGUUAUGGUAUAAUGUGCCAAGCUAUUUUAAUGAUCAGAAAUAUAAAAGGACAAUAGUACACUGUGACUAUAGGGCUAACAAUAUAUUGAUGAAAGAGGUGGACGGCGAAAUCAUCGACGUGGUACCUGUAGACUACCAGUUCAUGUACUAUGGCUGCCCCGUGACUGACUUCUUGUACUUCAUCUUUCUUGGCACCGACCAAGAGUUCAGAAUGAAUCAUUUGGAAUACCUCAAGGACCUCUACUUUGACUCCAUAACAAAGAUGUUGAAAUAUUUCAACAUAGAUGUUGAAUCUGUUUUUCCUAGAGAAGAUUUUGAAAAUUUGUAUACAGAAUUAUUAGGUUUCGGAUUAUUUAGUUUUGUAAUGAUCAUGCCUUUUAUUUUUGCCGUUGAAGGUGAAGCUCUUGAAUUGGAUAAAAAUAAUGUAGGUGACUUCGAUAUCAAAUGUGACGAACGAAUGAAAGAGAGGGCUAGAGGGGUAGUUGAUGAUUUUAUUCGGUGGGGUUUAAUGUAAUUUUCUCAUAAUUUGAAAAGGUAUGAGGACAAAUUUACAUUGCAUAGGACAUUCAUAAUAAAUUGAAACAUGUUUGAAUGUUUGUUAUGUAAUUUACAAUAUAUAUGAUGUGGAUGUACUUUUAUAAUAAAAAAUAAAUAAAAUAAAACAUGUUAAAAAUUAUACUUAUACUAAUUUCGCCGUUUCUAUGUCAAUUAGAUGUAGGAAAGCUCUAACAUGUAAUUUGUAUAAAUUCCAUAGCACCAGUAACAAUGUGCAAUGUGUACCUACAUUUUACUCGAGAAUGUGAUAAUUAUGUAAUACUAUCUGUUAAUUUAUUCUUAAUUCCUUUUUAUUAGCGUUUCCUGGUUAAAAGUGUAUAGAAAAUAUGAUUUUGGUGAAAGAUAAGAAAAACUAUGUUUGUUUGCAUAAGAUUGUUCAUGUUGUGUGAGUUAUUAUCUUCGGUUACCGCGAUAGUUACUCAUGAAAUAAAACUAUGGAAACGGAUUAUAUAAUGAAUCGACGUCGUAUGACGUCGGGAUGAAUUGUAAAUUAAUUAUACUCGAUAUAAACCGUUUCCAUAGUUUUAUUUCAUGACGAAUUUGUUGUUUAAAAAACGUACUAUUUCAUUUUUCAUUGAGAAGUUUAUUUACACUGCAAUCUGGUUUAUACUAAAACAUACCGCACUGUGUUUAGUGUAUAGGAAUAAGUUUACCUUUGUACUAAUGAUACAAUUUUUUCCUGUAUUGUUUUCUUUAUCGUAUAAUAAAGAGCGUUAGUACUACCAAUGUAAUAAAAAUGACUGUAAAGAUGAAAUAUUACAGUAAUCUCUACUUAUAUAUUUACCUUUGCCUAUAAUACGCAAUUUACCUAAACAAACACGUGCAGUACAAGUGUAUUCUAGAAUUAACUGUACCUCUAGAUUGUACUGCAAAUAUUGCAUGCAUUACCAUGCAAACAAACAAACUUCUGAAUUUACUGAGAUCUACUGAAAUUAUAGGUAUAUAAAUCGAAUCGAAAUCAUAAAUAAUACGUUAAUAUUUUAAGUAAUUAAAUGUCCUGUAAGCAAAUAUAUAUACACCGUGUUUUUUUUGUUUUCCGUUAAAUUCGACUCGCAGUUAG